AUGGGUGAUAUUCUUGAUGAUAUUGAAAAUUCUGAAAACGCAACUCGCGUUACUCGACCUUCUUUAACACAAGUUAAAGCCAUUGUAGAAUUUAUGGAAAAACAUCCAGAUUUAGCAAACCGAAAACAAAAAGAUGGUAUGAGCCAAGAAAGAUUCAAAUCAUUAUGGAUGGAGUUAUCAGAUAUUGUUAAUGGUCUCGAAGGGGCAAGAAAGUCCAUGAAAGGAUGGAUUAAGUUCUGGUCAGAUAAAAGAAGAAGUAUGGGAUUAAAACAAAAACAUAUAAAUGAAGGCAAAUCAAGUGAUGUGUUGACUCCUUUAGAGCUAAGAAUAUUAGAAAUAACACCAAACAAUAGACAUAUGAGUAAUAGGAGAAAAAGUUCUGUCAAAUUAGAAACAUGCAAUGGUGAUGAUGAUGAUGAUUCAUUGGAGAACAUUUUCAAAAAGGAUGAUGAUCUUACUUAUCCAAUUCAUGGAAAUCCAAUAUUAUCUACAGAAACAGAUGAGAGACACAUAAGCAUGAUGGAAAAAUUGGUAGAGGUAAUGGACCAGCAAGCUUCGGCUUUAUCCCAAAUGGCAGAAGCUACUCUGAAUAAUUCGAAGGCAUUAGAACGAAUAGCUGAAGCAUCACACAAGCAGGCUUUAGCGGUGGACAGGCUCGCCGGUACAUUCGAGAGUAUCAACGCGUCGGUGUUCGACGUGAGGAACGCAAUUAUGAGCAUCGACUACACCAUGAAGCGUCUACGCCACACCUUUGCUAUACACCAACUCGAAUUUUCUGUAAAGGGGGCGAUGUGCCCUAAACAAUGUGAUUGUGACAUGGAAAAUGGUUUAAAUAGAGCGACUUGCGUGGACCAAAAUAUUGUCAGCGUUGGUGUGGGAGUGCCCCGUGAAGUACAAGUAUACAGUUUAAGCCAUAAUGUAAUAAGCGAGCUGGACAACUUUUGUUUUAAAGAACUCGGCUACACAUCGAUUGAAGUUUUAAAUUUAUCUUACAAUCUAAUAUUUUGGAUCGGGCUACACGCAUUUUCAGGUUUAGAUAGUUUAAUAUAUCUAGAUUUGAGUUCUAACAGGUUAAGAUUUAUUCCACCUGAUCUUUUCUGGGAUACGCCACAGUUAGACACGCUGGACCUAUCUGGAAAUGUUUUCGAAUCACUCAAGAAUGAACCCUUCUUAAUGCAUGCAAAGUUACAGAUACUAAACCUUAACAACUGCCGAAUUAAAUCAUUGCCUGAUAGGCUGUUCACUCGUCUACCGAAUUUAAGAAAGUUGGAUUUAAGCGAAAACUACAUGAUCACAGUCAGCUUGGAAGCCUUACGUCCCCUUAGAAAACUACAAAGAAUAGAACUUCGCAAUGAAUAUUUGCAGUGUAAUCCCGGCUUUAUGGCCGUCGAAACAUGGAUUGUGUCCCAUGGUAUCGUGUAUUCGAGCCAGUGCAAAAAGAAACUGCCAAAGAUGUCGGAGAAAAUGGUUUCGUUAGUAUCGACGAAGAAAGAGGUAGUCGAUAUUGAAUCAGUAUGGAACGUUACAAAGGGUAUUAACGAAACCUCGCCAUCGACAGUGACCACGAAGCCGCUAACACCCUUUAAAAAGUUCGACGAAGAGUUCUCGGCGUUCCAAGCAUUCGUCAUUGGCUUAGAAGUGGGCCUCGCUAUCGGUAUAGUUGGGACGUACGUGUGGCUGAGACAGUUUUGUAAGUGCGGCAACCUAAUUUGCGCGCGAAACAACAACAGACGACAACGCAGAAGGAUUCACAGACUAGCUGACGGCGACAUGAGGGCCAAUUUACUAUGGGGCAACGUUUUGAAUCCCAAUUUGGAGACGCCGCCUUUCUACAGACGGCAGCUUUCUUUGCCGGAGAGUAAUGUGCCGGUUGCAAGGGAAACAGCACUACAUGCAGACGCGAUAAGAGUUCCAAAUCGCUCGGAAACACCACCUCCGCCUUAUAACGAAUGUCGAAUUAAUAUU